UCUUCUUCUUCAAGCUCAAGCUCUUCUCUUUGCUUUUGAAUCUGGUAAAUGAUAAAAAAGGGUUGAUCCAUAAUGGCUUCAGCUUCCCGGAUUAUGGAUAAACCCCGUCAAGAACAACAACAACAACCACCACCGGUAGCACCGGCUCUUAAGUGCCCUCGUUGUGAUUCUUCCAACACCAAAUUUUGUUACUACAACAAUUACAGCCUCUCUCAGCCACGGCACUUCUGCAAAGCCUGUAAACGCUACUGGACCCGCGGCGGAACCCUAAGAAAUGUCCCCGUCGGUGGUGGCUGCCGGAAGAACAAGCGCCUCAAAUCUUCUUCUUCUUCCUUCUCCUCAGUCAACGCUACUCCCACGUCAACCCCAACUCAAAAACCUCGCCUUCACAACAAUUCCAUCAAUUCUGCUACUAAUAUUAUUCCUUCUUCCCCAAUGUUUUUUGGGGUUCAUAACACUAACCCAUCUCCCUUAAAUCUUCAAUUUUCAACUCUUGAUUCUGUUUCUGGUCUUCUUAAUCUUUCCCCGCCGCCGUUCGACGCCAUUGGCUGUGGUUUAGGGUUUUCCCACAUCGCUGAUCUCCGUGAAACCUUCAAUUCCCCUAAGCAAAUUCAAGAUAUUUCAAUCCAUGCAACUCACUUCCAUCCUCCCGCCAUCUCAUUCGAUCGGAAUUCGCAGCUUUUCGGUAAUUUCGAAGCUGGUUUGAUGAAGGAAGACUUGAACAGGUUGUCCCAUAAUCAAACCGAGCAAGUCAAUCCAUCGAAUUUUUCCGACCCUUCUCGGUUCUGGAACUCGGCAACCACGGCGACAAGCAAUUGGCAUGAUCCGACUAAUAAUGGGUCCUCAAUUGCUUCUCUAUUCUAGGAGAUCAAGGCAUUGGCUGUCUAUAUAAGAAAAGACAAAGAAUAAAGUUGAGGAGAGGAGUGGGAUCGGAGCGAUCAUGUCAGCUGCAA